UCAGAGAUAAUUAACCCCUUCACGCCUAAGGAGCACAAUUCCUCAACGUUGACAUGUGAUAGUAAAACCGUACAUAUCACAACUACUUUGUACAUCCAGGUGGAUUAUACCUUGAUUUUUUCAAGACAAAUUGGGCUUUCAUUUGGUGGUAAAUGGUAAUGGAUAUCUACUGAUUUUUUUUUUUAUUAUCAAAGGAAAACUGGCCUAUAAUAGUGAAAAAAAAUCAUUUUUGUUUAUUUAGCUGUGUGUUUCUUGUUACAACCAUAACCUACCACCAAAGAACAACCCAAAAUAAAUUCUCCAGCUCUUGAUGAUCGCAAUGAUACCAUAUAUGUGUAUGUUAUUUGUUGUUUGUACCUGUAGUACAGCCCAGAAACAA